AAUAGCUGCGACGCGAAACGGAGCGAGGGCCAGUCUGCACCCAGCGGCACCAGCUCCCCACACCAGGUGACGCGCAGCAAGCGGUGCAAUGCUGUACAUGGAGGAGUGCGGGGCGUGCUCGCUGCCAGCGGCCGCUCAGACAGCAGGCAUCGUCUCUCUGAUAGAAGCUGCUGCCUUUGUGACAGCAUCAUUCCUCCUUCAGGACUGCCCACUGGGUGCUGUUGACCACGAUUUGGGGCCAAUGCGAGCGCAAGCCUUGUUCAUCACGCAGAUCGUGUCUAUCGUGGUGGCUGCCCUGGCGCUCAUUGCAACCGUUCUCCUCUUUAUUGGAGUGCAUCUGAGGUCCCCCGGGCUGCUGGUGCCGUGGCUGGUGCUGAAUGGGCUGUCGGUGCCACUGGUGGUGCUGGCGGCGGUGCUGUUCGCCGUAUUGGCUGGCCUCGGUGAGGCCUUCCUGCUGAUGACAGCCAUUCUCCUCGUCGGCAUUUGUGUCUCCUGUGAUCCUGCCAGCCUUCCUGGUCUACAUCGUGAUGAGCACUCGCUACGAGUUCCAGACCGUGCGGCUGAUACGCUAACCUAUCAGCCUCCAGCACUCACUUCUGUGUUCGCGACUCACCUGCUGGCUCAAAUAACCUACAGAAAUGCACUGCGGCAGAUUUCAGCAAGACAGCCUUUUGUGUAAAAUUAACACAACUGAAACUGAUGGUCUCUUCAAGCCAAAGGAUACAAAUGGUAUCUGGCAUCAGAAAUAUGGCCAAAUCUGUAAAAAUGGCUUAGUUUUGUGCUUUUAAAUUUUUUUCUUUUCUUUUUU